AUGGACUUCCCAGGUCACUUCCAGCACAUCUUCCAGCAGCUCAACCACCAGCGGCUGCACGCCCAGCUGUGUGACUGUGUGGUGCUGGUGGGAGGCCAGAGCUUCCAGGCUCACCGCUCCAUCCUGGCAGCAUGCAGCUCUCACUUCAGAGCCCUCCUGAGCUCCAGUGACGCUGCAGACGAGGUUGGAGGAGCCGGGGUCGACAGAGGUGAAGGCCCCAGUGUGAUAGAGCUGGACCCAGAGGUGGUGACCCCCGAGGCCUUCUCCACCCUGCUGGACAUGAUUUACACCUCCACCCUCUCACUGGGAGCCUCCAACGUGAUGGACGUUCUGCUGGCCGCCUCGCACCUCCAUCUGAACACUGUGGUGAAGGCGUGCAAGCUCCACCUGUCCAGGAAGAACUUCCCUGCCUCGCCGCCUAAAGGAUGGAGGUCAGUGCAGCAGCAGCAGCAGCAGCAGUGUCCCCCCUCACAGGCCGAGAGUUCGUCCUCCCUUCAACUGGUCUCGUCUGCCAUGGAGGAGGACUCAGAUGAAGAUGGAGAGGUAGUAGAGGUGAGCCAAUCGAUGGGGGAGGUCAGGGGAGUCAAUGGAGAGACACCGUCCUCGAGGAAUAAAAGGAAGUCACAUGAGGACAGGCUCAGCAGCAGGAAGAGAAGCUGCAGAAUGCCUGAGGGAAACUACAAGGAGUGUUCUCCCACUGUCACCAGCAGAAGCACCGUCAAUGCAGAGGAUGGAGGAGAUGAUCAACUGUCCCAAGACCGCCUGAGGACAGCUGAUGGGCUUUUGGAGAACCAAGGGGAUGAGGAGGUGGAGCAGAAAUACGAAGCAACCAAGGGAGAGUCAGAGGAGAUCCAGCUGCCGAGCCAGUCGGACAGCAGCACGGGGGGUGCAGGGGCGUGGAAGAAGGAUGGAGAUACAGAUGGGGACACGGUGGUGAAAGUACAGGUGGGAGAAGAAGGGGAGGAAGAGGCAGAGGAGCCAAAGAUGGUGAUGAUGGAGGUGAAAAAGGAAAAUCUAAGCUCAUACUCCCCAGAUCUAGAUUCUCCUCCACCUCUACCACUAGACUGCACAGACAAUUUAAUCGCUGAAGUAAAUGAUGAUAAAAUGUCCACGGCAGCCGAGCCAGCAGUGGGUGGUGUUGGCUGUUUACAAUCUCAGCUGUGCACAGAUCUUCAGACGGACGCACACAGGGACGAUGGGGAUCUGUGUGAGGACGCUGAAGGCCUGGACAGCCUGUCAGAGCUGGCCUUCUCCUGCUUCCUCAACCCCAGCGCCCUGGGAGCCCUGGAAGAAGAAGACAGCCUCGCUACUCUCACAGCUGCUGCCACUGCCGCUGCUGCCGCUGCCAGUAAUGCUGGAAAUGUAGGUGAACCAUGUCCAAUCUCAGAAGAGGCAAACAUCUCUUUUGCUCCGUCCUCUGAUUCCUCCUCCUCUCUUGUUUUUCCAGUAUCCUCUGUCCCUCUGCAGCAGCUUCUUCCGACCCAGAGCUCUGGUUUUAGCGACACGCUCCUCCUGCAGCCCACCCAGAACUCUUUAGCCGGGUUUCUAAGCGGCAUCAGACCCGGCCUCAGUUUGGAAGCCUCCCUCGUCCCACCGACGUCCUCUAGAGGUGGGACAGGCUCAGGUGCUACAACCUUCCGUCGCAUUGCUCCCAAAGUGGUGCCUGGGUCAGAGGCCGGCGCAGAUCCGUCCUCUUCCUCUUCUGGAUCAGCGGGGGAUGCUGCUGCUGAUCGGCCGCUUCUAACCAGAGCUUCAGAGGACGUUCUGUCCAAGUGCAAGAAGGCGGCAGCCGAGGACCAUGUGCUGUUAGUAGAAGGGGAGAAGAAGUACGCCUGCAGCAUCUGCUGCAAAACCUUCAUGAACCUGACUGACUGUAAGAAGCACAUUCGUGUCCACACAGGAGAAAAGCCCUACCCCUGUCCGAAGUGCGGGAAGCGCUUCAGCCAGUCGUCCCACCUGUACAAGCACUCCAAGAACACCUGUGUGAACUGGAAAGACGAGCAGUCGUUCACAGAACCGCUGCUCUGA